AUGAGUCUACAUACGCCGUCUCCAGAGGUUAGUCCCGUGUCAGCGGCAACGACCAAUGGCGCGUUUCCUAGGGACUCCUUCUGCCUUAAUCUUUCCACUCUACCGGAGUCCAACUUUCUUCUGAAAUCGGCUCUCAAGUCUCCUCACCUCCUCGAUUCCCCAACCGCAUUCAGCCCCGCCAGCAGCGUGCUGGGCGGACCGUUCAAAUCACGGCCGCGCAACAUGUCUCAAUCGUCUGGAACCGAUCGCGAAAUGUCAACCGAAGCCACUCCAAAUACAGCCAACGGUGCUCCACCAACCAGUAAUGGCAUGGAACAACGUCCAAACACGAAGAAACGACCCAGCACAGACACCAUAGACUAUCCGCGCCGGCGGGCUACGAUUGCGUGCGAAAUUUGUCGCUCAAGGAAAUCUCGUUGCGACGGCAAUCGUCCCAAAUGCAGGCUUUGUACGGAACUGAAUGCAGAGUGCGUUUAUCGCGAACCAGGAAUCAAACUGGAUGCAGGCGACAAGCUGAUUCUCGAACACCUCAACCGCAUCGAAGGGCUGCUACAAACUAACCUUGGCAAUGGCUACACGCUGGGAACCCAUUCUCCAGCGGCGAGCAAUUCCACCAGUGACGAUUUUCUCGCGCGAUCCACCGGGAACAUGGCUGCGCUGGGUUUAGUGCAGUCAAUCAACGGCAUCGGUACCUGGUCCAGCACAGCUUCGAAUAUCUCUACAAUGCCGAAGACGCAUACAACAGCAGCGUUGAAUUUGCUACACUCGCCUAUGAUCAGGGACCUCGUCUCUCGGCCGUAUGACCCCAAAAUACUUCUCCAACUGGAAAUGAGCCGCGAAUCCUUAUGCCUUGGCACCUCGCUUGGUGUUGAUCUUUCCAAUACAGGCGCCUACGUUCAAGCGUUUUUCGAGCGGGUGAACGUGUUCUAUGCGUGUCUGAAUCCAUACACAUGGACAAGCUACUAUCAGACUGCUUUGUCACACGGAUUCAGGGACGGUGCUGAGAGUUGUAUUGUACUUCUGGUGCUGGCUCUCGGUCAUGCAGGCAGUAUGGGGAGCAUCUCGCAACAACCAGCAGACAAGGAUCCACCGGGAUUGGCGUACUUUGCUGCAGCGUGGGCUCUGCUACCCAGCAUCAUAACACGAAACAAUAUGCUUGCUGCACAAUGUCAGAUCCUGGCAGCUGCGUAUCUUGUAUAUCUAGUCCGACCAGUAGAAGCGUGGAAUGUUUUGACAGGCGCAAGCAUGAAAUUGCAGCUACUUCUGAGUGCUCCUGGAAGAGUUUCGCUGGCAGAAGAAGAGCUGAGCAAACGGGUAUAUUGGAAUGCUCUCAUGAUCGAGAGUGACUUGCUGGCCGAGUUGGAUCUCCCACAUUCAGGGCUUGGGCAUUUCGAAGACACAUUCACAUUACCUACAGGAUUUGAGGACAUCGGAACUGAGCCAGUCGGUAGAGAUGAGCUCUGGUACUUCCUCGCGGAAAUAGCUUUGCGAAGAUUACUUAACCGAGUGAGCCACAUGCUUUACCAGAGAACUUCGACUUGGAGCAAGUCAUCACCUGCGGCGUCUAUUGCCCAGCUGGAUCCCCUGGUUCUCGAAUUGGACUACCAGCUGAACCAGUGGUAUGCGGGUCUUCCACCAGCAAUGCAGUUCCCUCUCGACAGGGUGCCACUGCAGAAUCCAGUACAAACGGUACUGAGACUGCGAUACUUCGCUUGCCGCACGAUCAUCUUCCGACCUUAUAUUCUGCUAGUGUUACAAGAUGAGACCCUUGCUUUGGAUCAGGGUGUGCAGGAGAAUUGCCACAGGUGCUUGGAGGCUUGCAUUCGCCAGCUUGAGUACAUCACAUCUCAUCACGCCGGCCACGUCCCGUAUCUCUACCAAGGGGCGCUAUCAAUUAUCUCGCAAACUCUCCUCGUCAUGGGCGCUACAAUGUGCCCCUCGCUCUCCGCACUCCUCCCACCCCCUACAACCAUGGACGAUAUCAUCAACAAUGUAAUCCACGAGAUGGAACGACUUUCACAUCUUGCGCCUAGCCUAAGGCUCUCAGCUGAGCUUAUUCGAGACGCCGAAGGCAAGCGGCAGAUGUGGCUACGAUCGACUGGACUAAAGUUCGACGGAUGA